AUGAAUCCUUCUGUGUUACUGGCCGUCCUUUGCUUGGGGGUGACCUCAGCUGCUCCAACACUGGAUCGCACUUUGGAUUCACAGUGGCACGAGUGGAAGACAAAGCAUAGGAAAAGCUACCACAUGAAUGAAGAAGGACAGAGGCGAGCAGUAUGGGAGGAGAACUUGAAGAUGAUUGAGUUGCACAAUAAGGAGCACAGCCAGGGGAAACAUGGCUUCACCUUGGCCAUGAACGCCUUUGGGGACCUGACCAGUGCAGAGCUUAGUGAAUCCAUGAAAGGCUUGCAAAUCCAGGAGCAGAAGACAGGGAAAGUAUUCCAGGAAUUUCUGUUUGAUGAAGUCCCCAAAUCUGUGGAUUGGAGAAAGAAAGGCUAUGUGACACCUGUGAAGAAUCAGCGUCGGUGUGGGUCUUGUUGGGCGUUCAGUGCAACUGGGGCCCUAGAAGGACAGAUGUUUCGGAAAACUGGCAAACUGGUGUCACUGAGUGAGCAGAACCUAGUGGACUGUUCUCAGGCUCAAGGCACUCAUGGCUGCCAUGGUGGCUGGAUGGGUGAUGCCUUCCAGUACGUCAAGGACAACAGAGGCCUGGACACCGAGGAAUCCUAUCCUUAUGAGGCCAGGGAGGGACCCUGCAGAUACCGUCCUGAGAAUUCUGCCGCUAAUGACACAGGUUUUGUGCGAAUCCCAAAGAGCGAGGACGCCCUUAUGAAAGCCGUGGCGACUGUGGGGCCCAUCUCUGUUGCUAUUGAUGCAAGUCACCUUUCCUUCCGCUUCUAUAAGGAUGGCAUUUAUUAUGAACCCAAAUGUAGCAGCACUGACCUGGACCAUGCUGUCUUGGUUGUUGGCUAUGGUUUUGAAGGAGAAGACUCAAAAAACAGAAAAUACUGGCUGAUCAAGAACAGCUGGGGUAAACAGUGGGGCAUGGAUGGCUACGUAAAGAUAGCCAGAGAUAAGAACAACCACUGUGGAACCGCCUCAUUUGCCGUCUACCCUACUGUGUGA